CUGCACUUCAUUACAUGCACCAGAUUCCAGACGCCUUGUACCGCGACUUCAUUCGUUCCAGCUGCGCUUUCUGAGUGCUCAGUGCCAUAGCUUGGUCACCCAGCAGCUUGUUCCUAUUGCUGCUUUUUCCCACAUGGCUCCCACUUGAUUGUGCGCCCCCAAGCAGCGUGUCUUUCGAUGCGCUGGCUAGCAAAUGGGUCCAUUCAAAUGGUUCCUCUUCGUCUACGUGCUCGGUGGCCUCACCUUCGUACCGCUUCUGAUCGUCUCCGUCCUCCUCUAUGCCUACUACACGCUCCCCCCACCGGAAGUGAAAACAGAGAAACCGAAGUCCAAUGACGAUCCUGCCCAGCUGCUCCGUCCCGAAGAUGACAAGAUUGCAUUCAAGACUGGUACCGAUGACCUGGCCGAGCAGUUCCAUCGAAAGCACGACUCUGAUGUCGCCGCUGGCUACUUCGCCGUAUGCAGAGAAUAUGUGCCUGGUGGUGUCCCUGGCAAACCGCCGGACAAGCUGACACCUGCGGGGGACGUCGCGGCCCAGGAGUCUCCUAGUGUCUACCAGAGCAUGUACCGCAGCAUAUUCGAUCGGUCGCAGAAACCCACGAUAGAACCCAAUAAAGAGGGCGCGGGGAAGAACGUCAGGAAAACAAACAAUGUCUUCUACGUGGUCUUGAGGCACGGACAUCUCAUGCUUUACGAUGAUAUACAACAAUUGGAAGUUCGCUACGUCAUCUCUCUCGACUACCACGAUGUCGAUGUCUAUGCUGGCGGAGAAGAAAUACCAGAGGGAGAGCUGUGGAUCAAGCGAAAUGCGAUCCGAUUGAGGCGGAAAAAAACUCAAGUGGGAGACAAAGCAACUUCGUUGCCAUUCUUUCUCUUCGGGCAGAGCCAGUCGGAUAAAGAGGACUUCUACGAUGCUAUCCUCAAGAACCAAGAGAAAAGCAGCACCGAAGAACCACCAGGGCCGCAACUGUUCGAUGUCGAGCAUAUUGUGUUGCUGGUACAGAAAUUACACUCGUCAGAAGAGCAUUUGCAGACACGAUGGCUCAAUGCCAUGAUUGGCCGCGUGUUUCUAGCUAUGUACAAGACCCCAGAACUGGAAGGUUUUAUCCGAGAAAAGCUCACGAAGAAGAUUUCGAGGGUGAGGAAGCCCACUUUCAUCACCAAGCUGGGCUUGCGGAAAAUCGACUUGGGCACUGGGGCGCCCUUCUUCACAAAUCCAAGAUUGAAGGAUUUGACAGUAAAUGGUGAUUGUACAGUCGAAGCCGAUGUCAAUUAUUCUGGAGGGGUAAGGAUCGAGAUUGCCGCCACCGCGCGGAUUGAUCUGGGUACACGCUUCAAGGCCCGAGAAGUCGACAUGGUGUUGGCAGUCACAUGCAAAGCGCUCCAGGGGCAUCUCUUGGUGAGAUGCAAACCGCCUCCCAGCAACCGGUUUUGGUUCACUUUCGAGAAAAUGCCCGUUCUGGAGCUCGACAUCGAACCCAUUGUCAGUACUCGGCAAAUCACGUACACUUUCAUUCUCAGAGCGAUCGAAAGCAGGAUCCGAGAGGUGGUGGCCGAAAGCAUUGUACAUCCUUUCUGGGACGACGUACCGUUCUUCGACACGAGACAUCAGAAAUAUCGCGGUGGCAUCUGGAAGACGGAGCCUGCAUCGACGACCACCACAGAGAUCCCGGACGAGGAACCUGAAGAUGCCAUCGAAGCAGGCGGUUCCGGAACAGACACCCCGGCAGAGCUUUCGAGAGACGACAGAGUCAUGAGUAUGCCAGUCUUGGCUGAGACUAAUGGUAUGGGCAAAAACAAUUCUGCGAAGAAAUCCAUGGCUUCCUUGAAUGACCUUUUUGGCAAGAAAAAGCCAGAAACAGCGGAAAAGGCCGACUCUUCGACACCCAGAUUGAUGCGGUCAACCUCGUUUGCCAGUGCCGCAGAUCCCACCAUCACCACGAACCACGCUGAUGCCAAUACGCCUACUCGUGGAGCAGAUCAGACCACGCAUAGAGAGAGCGUUGCCACAAUAUUAAAAGAUCUAUCUGCCAGGUCAGUCUCCGGAAAUGGGUCGGAACUGGGUUCUCCAGCAGCAUCCCCUUCUGUAGAGUCGGCCAUGGCUGCAGCCUUGAAGGGGCGUACAUCAAGCAACGCCUCAGGCGUAUCGGAAGACGAAGACCAAGACAGUCGGGGAGCUUCUUCCCUGCCACGCACCCUAACAAAUGCAAGCCGCGCUUCAACUCAAACCACCGACUCUGGUGGUCAAAAGGAUGGUAGGCCAGCCUCGGCGCAGGAGAAAAGCAAGCCCUCAAAAGGCUUCACGCUGGGUGCGAGGUCGUUGACUGCUGCGGAUAGAAAACAAGCCCUGGCGUCCGUCAAUGCUGCCGCUGCAGCUGCCCAAAAAUGGGGUUGGGGCGUGCUCGCAAGAAAUCGACAGCGGGAUGCCCAAGCGGCGGCAACACAGGGAAAUUUGGAUGGGGCAUCAGGGAGCCCUCCUACACCCCGAGAGCCUAUGGGGCGUGGAAGGCCACUUCCACCUCCAGGUGUUCCGCUGCCUCCCCCCGAGAGAGUGCGGCCAAAUUCAUUCCUGGCACCGAAGCGGAAAGCGGUGCCACCUCCAAUGCUACCAAAGCGCCCGGAGACAGAUGGAUCCCACGAGUCAAUAUCGGCCAAAUCAUCACCGAAGCCACCACUUCCGGAAAGGCGCAAGAGGACGAGCUCCGCACAGCCCGAGGAUGGUGCCGAAGAUGAAGUGUUCGUUGUCGAGGCCCCAAUGGAAUUGGCUCCAACAAGCCCGGCUAAUGAUGAACAUCAUGACGACUUUUUUGGUCAUGGUGAGCCCCCAGCGACGACAAAGGAGCAACUCAAAGCCUCACCACUCCUGGAUAACGGCAGCGAGGUUGAUGAGCCAGCUGCAGUGUUAGCCAGGGAGCACCCCAAUCCACCGCAAUCGGAUCAAGAAAGCGAAACCGAGGAGCCAGCAGCUGUGCAGGAACAGAUACGUCCGCCAUUACCUGCUCGUGGCAGUACGACUCCGGAACAGCUUCUCCAGGACGAAAACGAGAUGCACAGGCAAGAGAUGGGCAUGUAUACAUAAUGAGGCAUUUGCCCCAGCCAGACGGACGUCUAGAUAUAAUCGAAGCUCAGCAUUAUUCCUUUGGGCAUAGAAUAUGAUACCCGAUUAUAAGCAGUGCGAUGACUUCGU